AUGUUCAAUCAGCUAAUUACGCUCGCUAUUGGAAUCAGUGUUGUAUUGGGGUCUAAUGAAGCUAUUUCGCCCGCCCAACUGCAGGAUCUGCAGAAGAGAUUCAACUCUUAUUACAACGGCAACAGCACGAUAUCUGUGAAGGGUAUCACCGUUGGAGGCUGGCUUGUAACUGAGCCGUAUAUCACGCCAUCUCUGUACGAGCAAGCUCUUUGGUUGGCUGAGAAUACGACGAACCCUACUAGUAUAGUUGAUGAAUAUACACUGUGUGAAGCGCUUGGAUAUGAAUCGGCACUUUCGUUGCUGCAGGAUCACUGGGAUACAUGGAUCAAUGAGGAAGAUUUUAAAAAAAUCAGCGAUGAUGGGUUUAACCUCGUCAGGAUUCCAAUAGGCUAUUGGGCAUGGAAGCAAGAUAAUGAAACAGAUCGUUACGUGGGGAACAUAACUUACCAUGAUCCUUAUGUGGGUAAUGGCUUGCAGUUGAAAUAUCUGGAGAAAGCAUUGAGUUGGGCUCAAAAAUAUAGUCUGAAUGUUUGGAUCGAUCUGCACGGCGCACCAUCGUCACAGAACGGUUUCGACAAUUCGGGCCAUAGGGACUUGUAUGCAACAGAGCUGGGUUGGCUUGCAACCUCUGAAUCCAGACGCCUAACUUUAGCCGUAUGGAAAUCGAUUUUCGAGUCAUAUUUGAGCAAUAACAGCGAAAGUCCCGUAGUUGGCAUUGAAAUUAUGAACGAGCCUUUGAGUCCCAAACUCGAUUCUGAUGUCAUGACAAAGUAUUACUACGAAGCUUUCAAAAUGUUCAAACAGCAGCAGACCUCUGAUGAUAACACUACUUUUGUUAUUCACGAUGCCUUCGAAGAAAUCGGUCAUUGGAAUUUGCAUUUCAAUCCUCAAUUUCAGAACGUAUCGUCAAAGUAUCUGAACAUCAGUAAUUUAACCUACAGCCAGCAGAAUAUCUUGGUUGAUCACCAUCACUACGAAGUGUUUACAGACUCGCAACUAAACAACACCCAAUACCAGAGGAUAAUCAACAUUAUAAAUUACGGUGAGUCUGUCCAUCAGGAGCUGCCAUACCAUCCGGCCGUGGUUGGCGAGUGGUCUGGAGCUAUCACUGACUGCGCAUUUUGGCUGAACGGCCUUGGAGUCGGAUCUCGGUACGACGGAUCCUACUACAACACCACUAAUUUCACAGCAUCGGGCCCUCCAAUCGGAAAAUGUUCAUCUCAAUUGCCCGCCUCCGCCUGGAACUCGCAAUAUCGGGUUCAAGUAAGACAGUUCAUCGAGGCCCAGUUAGCUACUUACUCAAUGAAGACUUCAGGAUGGAUCUUCUGGAAUUGGAAGACAGAAAACGCCACUGAAUGGGACUACUUGAAGCUGAAGGAAAACGGUCUAUUUCCAAGUCCGUUUGACAAUUAUACAUACUUCCAAGUCGACGGAACCCUGAAACCUUCGGUUUCAAAAUCACUAUCAAAGGAAGCCACUGCUACAAGCACCAAAACUAAGAAUGCAGCAGUAGCCCUGCGCGCACCAUUUUCAGACCUUCAAGUUCAACCUAUCAGUCUCACGAUAAAAACUCUAAUGCUAGCCCCGAUGCUCUCUGUGGCUUUGGCAUGCAUCUUCCUAUAA